UUAUAAACAACACCAAACUACAUGCAGAGGCGCCCACCCAUUAUUGACACUUUUUCUCUCUUUUGUAAACUUACUGAUUAUCAAUAAGAAAGCAAGAUGGCUGAAAACAUUUUCAUGUUUGUACCCAACAUAAUUGGGUAUUUUCGAAUCCUCUUCACGAUCUUGUCGCUGUUCUUCAUGAGAAGUUGCUACCUGCUAGCUACAUUCCUAUACCUGCUGGGUUCAUUCUUGGAUGCAUUCGAUGGACACUAUGCUCGCAAAUUCGGGCAGGGGACCAAAUUUGGUGCUAUGCUGGACCAGUUGACCGAUCGCUGUGCUACUCUGUGUUUGACCAUGGCUCUAUGUGUGCUGUAUCCAGACUACAUGGUCCCUCUGCAGCUGAGUGCAACGCUGGAUAUUGCAAGCCACUGGCUACAUCUUCACAGUUCUUUGAUGGGAGGCAAGACAAGUCACAAGUUGAUUGAUCCCUCUGAGAAUCCCAUCCUAGCUGUAUAUUAUACAUCAAGGCCAGUACUAUUUGUGAUGUGCUCAGGAAAUGAGCUCUUCUAUUCCAUGAUGUAUCUUCUCUACUUUACUGAAGGACCAAUCGUCAUGACGUCGAUGGGGCUCUUCCGUAUGAUAUUCUACAUAUCGACUCCCAUCGCUAUCGUGAAAGCCAUGAUCAGUGGCGUGCAUCUCGUUGUCGCAUCAAGGAACAUGGCUAUCAUCGACGUGGCAGAGAGGGAAGCCGCUGCUCAGGCUAAAACCCAGUAAGAUCCAGUAAAAUCCAGUAAAAUCCAGGAAGCACACAUCUAGAAAGUUGGAGCAAAUGUCAUUACAGUCAAACCUAUCUAUAGCGACCGUCCAAGGGAAACACAAAAAGUUGACUUUGUAGACAGGUGGUCUUUGUAGACAGGUUCCUUUAGUACAUGUUUCAAGGGAAACUAAAAAUGUGGUCUUUGUAGACAGGUGGUCACUAAAGCGGGUUUGACUAUAUCUAUAUUAUAUCAAAUACAAUGUAAUCCUGCUCACUGCUUUGAUAAUGUUACUAUUUAACAAUUUAUGGGGGAGGGGUAUAUUUCCUUCUUUUUUUGUUGUUUUUCUUCUUUUUUUAAUGGGGGGGGGUCACAAAAUGUAUCCAUUCCAAGUUUUGGGGGGCAUUAGGGUAACUGAUAGAAAGACACAGUGCCUAUACAGAUCUCUCUCAAACUGAAUACCGGUAGAGGGUAGUUUUUUCAUCAUUCAUCAUAGGCUGAGCAAAAAGAAGAACAUGCAUGACUGAUAUUCAGUAUGUUUGCUUGGCUGACUAUGUGUGAAUUUGAGGGUAUAACAAGAUUUAUAGUAAAUAUGAUGUAUAUCUCAUUUAGGUCAGUUUAGCAAUUAUUUGUGCUGGGUGAAAUGUACCAUGAAUGAUUGUGAAAUAUGUGCAUGAGGUUUGUGAUCUGUUUUAAUGAAGCAUCAGAAACUGUUAACUUGUUCUACUGGAAAUUAGAAUGUGCAUACGUGUGUAGAGUCUGGACUUUGCAGCAUGUCUUUAAACUGAGUUUGUUAUUUGGCACUUUGAUUGUAUACGUUUUCUUUAGAUUCCCAAUUAUAGUUCAGUAGGUCUUUCUGUUUCAAUUCCAUGGUAUUUAUUUACUGUAUCUCUACAUCUAUAUACCUUUUGCCCUUUGAUGGAUGUCAAAUUUGAACCGACCCUAAAUUCAGGAGUAUCACAGAACAAUUGUGCCACAAUCAUUAUCAAGUUAAAGCUUUUGUAGAAAAAACAUUCAUCGUAAAAGGAGUAAAUAAUUAAUAUCAAUCAUACUUCUUUUUGUUAUUUACAUGUAGGAUGGAAGAUGUUCUUGUAUUAACACAGAGUAGUGAAUACUUAUUAUUUUGUUAGAGAGGACAGUGGAUUGUAUUGACUCAGCUGGCUGGUUUUUGUUUGAAGUGAUACGUUAUUGUCGAAGUGGCCCAGACACGCAGAGCAACGUGUGCAAUGCUUUUUAAUUUCAAGGGAAAAGCUCUAUAUCAAAUACCUUUAAAUACCUUUUGGUAAACGUAUUAAUUGUACAUGUACUUCAUGUUAUUUCUUUAGUAUUCAAGGCUUUGCUGUAUAACUACUGAAUAAAGAGGCACUAAUUGUACUCCUCUUAUUUAAUAACUAUGACAGGAGCGCAUAUAUGAAUAUUGCUCAGUAGAAUUCAAUAUAAUGAUCUUGCAAUUACUCAAUGUAGGCCUAGGUAUCUCAGGCAAAUUAGUAUCUUGCCAAAGAGGAAAUUAAGGGUUUUUGAAAAUGCAAUUCUGUCAUUUAGACAAAGCUUUUUCCUUUAAUCAUGUAUUGUGCUGCACCUUGAUAUUAUAAUGCACCUAUCAUUAUUCUAAAGGCUCGAUCAGAUAUGAACCGGUAAAUCGUAGCAUUUGUUUGUAUUACUUAUAAAAGAAUGGCAGCUGAGAGCAACAAAGGUCUACACAUAUUCACUGAGCUCUGUGCUAUAAGAUCAGAAAUAUGAAACCUAUUACACUUUCAUUAUUUUAAACGAAAAGGAAAAAGAAAACUUACCAGCUCAUAUCUGAACCAGGCUUAAUAGCUGUGUAUUGAUACUUGAUAGACAUAGUCUACAAGAAGUGAACACUUUUCUUAGUGUGAUGAUGUGUUCAGUUUUAAGUUAAUAUCAGAAGCCAGAUUCUAAACAUUUAUUGUGCAAGGGAAAAUUAUUUUGCCAUUAUAAACUGGAUUCGCACAGAAUAAAUACCUUUUAUUUGUGCCUGUGCAGAUAUGACUAUAUCUAUAUCUCUACAUAAAACUAUUACACGUACAUCAUCGUUAUAAAAAAAGUGCCACAGUUUACCAGCUCAUAUCUGAACAAAGCCCAAUAGCUGUGUGUUGAUAGACGUGGUUGGCAUGAAGUGCAAAUUUCCUUAGUGUGACAAUAUUUUAGUUCUAAGAUUAAUAUCAGGAGCCGUAUUCUGAAAACUGACAUCUUUUAUGUUGAGAAGAUUAUGUUAUUAUCAUAAAGUGAAAGUGCUCAGAAAAAAGUUGUUAUUGGUGCCUGUGCAGAUAUGUCUAUAUCUACAUCUCAACAUGGAACUAACUGUAUGCAUACACAGCCAGUUUUGCUCAGAUAUUAACCAACGACUUGCCCUAAUUUUGAAUAUGUUAUGGCAAUUUACAUUGUGUUGCUAACAUAAUUUCAGCAUACCUCCCUACAGUUUUGAGACUGCAUUUUGGGGCAGCAAACUUUGUGUCCGGUCAAGAUUAAUACUAUACUUCAAUUUUAUAGUCAUUGAAUUGUUAAACAUUUAUGCAGCACAACAAGAUGUUCCCUACUGUACCCAAUGACAUUUUAUAAUCUCUUUCCUUUGUACUAUUUAAUUAUUACAAUGAUUUAUUCUUUUGAAUCUCCAAUAUUUAUGACUAUUUUGCAUUUAAUUAUAAGACCCCAUUCCUUUCCACUCACUUCAUUUGAAAAGAGCAGGGCUCUAUAUUUAUGUAAACAUUUCUUUCAAUUACCAUUUCCUUUAUCCACGAUUAUUAGGAUGACUCGUGUUUUAAUUUGUGAAGUUGUGCAAUUGUAUCUAGAGCUUGGUGGUAUAUUUUGUGACAAAUAUCAAAUAAACAACUACAAUUCAAAAGUA